AUGGCUUCAGCUCCCAGCUUCCGUGGAUACCAGUGGACUUACAAUCCUGUCCAAGGGUCCUGCCUGCUGCUGCUGCUGGUCAUGUCUUAUCUGCUCCUGUGCCAAGGCAAAACAUGCCCGAUCUACUGUCCUGACGUGUUUGACAUCCCCCUGGAAUCACUUAGAAACCUGUUUCUCAACGCCACCAUGCUGUCCCGUGAUAUCGCUAACCAUUCCAAUAUAAUGUUCAAUGAGUUUCAUGAAAAAUAUGUCCAGGGCAAACCGUACUAUAUAAAUAUGCUCUACAGCUGCCAUACCGAUGUCACCCCUACUCCCAAAGAAAGAGAAAUCGCCCUCAUGAUAACCAAUGAAGACCUUGGUCAGUUUAUACUCAUAUUACUGUACUCCUGGAAUAAACCUCUGAAUCAUCUACUCACAGAGCUGUGGAAUAUGGAAGAAGUCUCAGAUACUAUCCUAUCAAAUGCCAGAGAGAAUGUCAAAAAAGUACAAGAACUUCAAGAAUUCAUAGAGAGGCAAUUCAGCAACAUUAUUUUUCCAGUAAGGCGGCUGACUGAGGAUCGCAUAUUCUGGUCAGAACUCCCAUCCCUGGUGUCCAGAAAUGAAGAGAUUAGUCAUUCUGCAUUUUAUAAACUGUUCAAGGGCCUGCAGAGGGAUUCACAUAAUGUUGUCAUUUAUACCAAGAUCCUGUUGUGCCGAACCAACAACUCGUGCUAA